CCCCCCGCCACCCAGCCAGCCGAUGGGAUCAGAACGCGUGGAGAUGCGAAAGCGGCAGGUGUGCGCCGCCCAGGGGCCCGCAGCCGCCGCCCCAGGCCCGCGCGGAGUGGGGAACCGGGGGCCCAACGCUUGCUGCUUCUGCUGGUGCUGCUGCUGUAGCUGCUCUUGUCUCACUGUUAGAAACCAAGAGGAACAGAGACUCAGGAGUGCUUCCUAUGAACUCAGAACAGAGGACCUUCCCAUCUGUGAAGAAAGCCCGGGUCCCAGCCUGGAGGAGGCCAGCGCCUGGGCCCAGUCCUUCGACAAACUCAUGCUCACGCCUGCGGGAAGGAACGCGUUCCGGGAGUUUCUCCGAACAGAGUUCAGUGAGGAAAACAUGCUCUUCUGGAUGGCGUGUGAGGAACUGAAAAAAGAAGCUAAUAAAACCACGAUUGAAGAGAAAGCACGAAUAAUAUAUGAAGACUACGUUUCUAUUCUUUCUCCUAAAGAGGUCAGCCUGGACUCCCGCGUGAGGGAGACCAUCAACAGAAGCAUGGCCGAGCCGUCCCCUCACAUCUUCGAUGACGCCCAGCUGCAGAUCUACACCUUGAUGCACAGGGACUCGUACCCCCGGUUCAUGAACUCUGCUCUCUACAAAGACCUGCUUCGCUCCUUAUCUGAGAAAGCAGUGGAAGCCUAGGAUGUUCAAAAUAUUUAUUAUUAAUAAAACAAAGAACUCGUGGACUCUGUGUAGGACAGGGAAUUUAGAGGCAGUAGUGUCUUCUGCUGGGUCAUACUCGGGUUAUUUUAAUAACAGACUCUUCCUUCUGCAGAAGGCUGUAUAUUCACCAAGUAAAUUGCGGCCACCUUUUGUGAUACUUUUGGGAAAAAUGGGGUAUGGCUGUGUAGAAAGGUAGUAUAUUUACACUUACAAUGACAGUAGCACUUUCUCAGUGACAAAGGAUACACAAGAAGACACCACACUGCCUGCAGCGUGUACAUCCAUGGGAACAGGACCCAAAUUCCCAUUUUAUAAAGAUGUGACCGCUACCUGUAAAACUGGUAUUCUACUUUAUCUUAGGAUACAUGUAUGUAGAUGCAUAUUAUGUGCGUGUGUAUCUUACAUGGUUAAUGUAAAGCCCUGGGCUCUGAAGUGGAUCAGCCUCAAAUGUUUGAUAAGAGAAGUACUGCCUAGAAAAUGCUCUUGUUGAAAAGUUACCUUUAUUACCAGAAUCUGCCAACCUGAAGAAUGAAUUUUCACGUAGGUGGUGUUCAUCACAAAGCGUUCAAAUAAGCAUAUCUCCAUUUUUACUAUUGAAAGAAAUAUGGGCAUUUUCACUCUAAAAAAAUAA